UUGUUCAUUUCGAUUUUGUUAGAGCUGGGUGAAAGCUGUGUAAAUCCUGCAGGAGAAUCUGGCAAGUGUAUCCUCUUCCGAGAUUGCCAACCACUCGUCAACAUUAACAAUAAACCCAUUAACUCGCCACAAGAUACAGAGUUCCUCACGCAAAGCCGGUGUGGUAUGAUACAACGAAAAACAUUGGUAUGUUGUGCAGGGUCUAUUCAGAAAUCUUCAUUACCAGAGCCUCCCCAUUGCGGUGUGCAACUGUCGGAUCGUGUUCUUGGCGGUCAGCCAACACAAAUCGAUGAGUUUCCGUGGACGGCGUUGAUCGAGUUUCAGAAACCAGACGGAAGCUUUGAUUUCCACUGUGGAGGAUCACUUAUCAAUGAGCGAUAUGUUGUUACUGCUGCCCAUUGCAUUCACAAGGACGCUGUCCAUCGUGUACGUCUUGGCGAGUGGGAUUUGUCAUCGGCUAAUGAUUGUCAGGAUGGUUUUUGCUCCGAUGUACCGAUCGAUCUGGACGUUGAGAAGAUUGUUGUUCACAGCAAUUAUGACCCGAAGGAUCAUAGCUAUAAAAACGAUAUAGCGUUGAUUCGUUUCACCCGAUCUGUUCAGUACUCUGAUACAGUACGACCUAUUUGUCUACCGUUGAGCGCAUCGCUUCGUAAUCGUGAUCAUGUCGGACGGCCGAGUUAUGCUGUCGGUUGGGGUAAAACAGAAAAUGCUACAGCGAGUGAGAUGAAGCUGAAGGUUUCGAUGAACGUCACUAGCUCGCAAGAGUGUGCACGAGCUUAUCAGCGUUGGAGAAUUUUGUUAACAGCCACACACAUGUGUGCUGGGGGUGUGUUUCGCCAGGACACAUGUAGCGGUGAUUCGGGCGGUCCUCUGAUGCGUCAGAUUGCUGGUGCAUGGUAUCUGAUCGGUGUGGUCAGUUUUGGACCAAAUAAAUGCGGCACUGCCGGUGUACCAGGUGUAUACACUAAUGUUGCUGAGUAUGUAGAUUGGAUACGGGACAAUAAGUUGGGUGAAAGCUGUGUAAAUCCUGCAGGAGAAUCGGGCAAGUGUAUUCUCUUCCGAGACUGUCAACCACUCGUCAACAUCUACAAUAAACCCAUUAACACGCCACAAGAUACAGAGUUCCUCACGCAAAGCCGGUGUGGUAUGUUACAACGAAAAACAUUGGUGUGUUGUGCAGUAUCCAAGCAGGUUUCUUUGUUACCAAAAUCUCCGUAUUGCGGCAUACAAAUGUCCGAUCGUGUAGUUGGAGGUCAGGAUACAAAGAUUAAUGAGUUUCCAUGGACGGCAUUGAUCCAGUUUCGGAUACUGGACGGGAGUUUUAAAUUCGGCUGUGGAGGAUCACUUAUCAAUGAGCGGUAUGUUGUUACUGCUGCUCAUUGUGUCGAACUGAUUCGUUCUGAUUGGAAAAUCCAUCGUGUACGCCUUGGUGAGUGGGAUUUGUCAAAGGCUAAUGAUUGUCAGGAUGGCUUUUGCUCCAAAGCGCCGAUCGAUCUGGAGAUUGAGAAGAUUGUUUACCACAGAAAUUACGUCCUAAAAAAUAAUAAAAUAAUCAACGAUAUUGCGUUGAUUCGUUUUACCCGCCCGGUUCUCUACUCUGAAACAGUACGACCUAUUUGUCUACCGUUGAGCGCAUCGCUUCGUAAUCGUAAUCAUGUCGGACAGCCGAGUUAUGCUGCCGGUUGGGGUAAAACGGAAACUGCAACGGCAAGCGAAGUGAAGCUGAUGGUCGAGUUGAACAUCACAAGUUGGCAAGAUUGUGCACGAAUUUAUCAGGAGAAAGGAGUUUCGCUUAAAACCACGCAAAUGUGUGCCGGUGGUGUGCGUGGCAAGGACACAUGUAGCGGUGAUUCGGGCGGUCCUCUGAUGCGUCAGAUUGCUGGUGCAUGGUAUCUGAUCGGUGUGGUCAGCUAUGGACCUACGAAAUGCGGCACAGACGGUGUACCGGGUGUAUAUACUAAUGUUGCUGAGUACAUUGAUUGGAUACAGGCCAAUAUCUACUAG